CGCUGCAGGACUGCAGACAUUCACAGGAAGCUGGACCAGCCAUGGCUCUGCUGAAGGUUCUGCUGCUGCUGGGGCUGGGUGUUUCAGUGAAUUCAGAUGUUUCUCUGCAGAAGAGAAUCAUUGGAGGUCAUAACUGUGAUGACACGGAGCGUCUCUAUCAUGUUCGGCUGGAGGCCACCAAUGGUACUCAUAAGAGCCUGUGUGGAGGAUCUCUGAUCCAUCCUAAGUGGAUCCUGACUACAGAUACCUGCUGGAAGUCGCCGACACGGUGGAGUAAUAUAGCAAUGUUAGGCAUUCAUCCAAAGACUACAAUGAAAAGGUUUGUCAAUAUCAAGGACAAACCUGUGCUUUGUGCUCCUGGAUGCUGGCAGCAUGACAUCAUGUUGCUGAAGCUUGAAAGACGAGUAGAUAAUUUCCCACUUGCUCCACUACCAGACUGCAGUAAUCGCCCUAAAAUUGGUGAUACUGUUCAGCUGGCAGGAGAGGGAACAAUGACAACCGGCCCCAACAAUCGGCGAUAUGAGAUAUCCUAUGCUGCUGCAGCAACAUAUCUUCAGUGUGUCGACAUGAAAGUUGUUCAGGCUUCCCAUUUCCUGCCAACAUAUGGACAUGUAUUUGCUGCUUCAGCACCGAACAAGGAUGCAUGUAAUGGCGACUACGGCUCAGCAGUGGUGUUCAACGGCAAGAUUUAUGGUGUGAUGUCUCCAGGUGUACCAGACUAUGCAUGUCAGAGACCAGCUUACAUCGUAGAUGUGUGUGAAUACAUCGGGUGGAUAAAAGAUACAAUUGGCCUUGAAUAAAACAUAAACUGUCAUGAAAUAAAAUUAUCCUCAAAUUUCCUCUCAGAUAUAAUUUUAUUAUUGUAUCUUGACCAGUUUGAUCCACAUGUUUGUAGAAUUAGAAUAAAUCAAUAGUUUUGUUUUUCCUCAUCUUACCUUGAUCUCCCUAGUGGAUCUUUCUCUGUCUCAGAAAUGAAAAAUGAAUCAAUAAAUGCAUGAAAAAUAAACAUUUCCUGGCUGAUCG